CCAGUUUAUACAUGAGAACGGGAGAAUCAUUUGGAUGAGGCUUGAUGGUUUCUCUUAAUUAGACGAAACGGAAAUAUAGAAGAAAGGAAAGAAUCAACAUGUCAAAAGGAACCAUUUUGGUCACGGGAGCCAACGGCGGACUUGGGUCUGCCAUUGUGCAAAACAUCAUCAGCACGCCCGAUCUAGCCUCAAACUAUGCUGGCAUCUACGCGGUGCGAAAAGCAGCCACUGCGAUGACGCUCCAAGGGGUCCUUCGUCGCGCCCCGUUGGAUCAUAGACACGAGACGGUAGAAAUUGACCUCGGCUCACUGGCCAGUGUUAGGAAGACGGCUGCAGAUAUCAAUGCAAGAGUUGCGAAAGGCGACUUGCCCAAGAUCCGCGCCCUCAUCUUGAAUGCUGGAUAUUCGGAUUAUGCCAAUCUUGACGGGCGCGUCCUCUUUGUCAGUAGCUGGUCCCACGAUAUCGAUGAUCCCCGCAAUGAUGUGAUGAUGGGCGCGUAUAAAGAUACUGGAUACCCAACAUUGUUUCCUGGCGCGGAAGUUCUCGCCAAAGGUCAAUGGAGUCGUCCUGAAGACGAUCCCGGCAUCAACUCGGGAUUCCGUCGAUACGGGGCCAGCAAGCUGUGUGCUAUGAUGCUGUGCGAAGAAUUGGCAGAUCGCAUAGCCAAAGACCCGAAACUGAACAAUAUCUCCGUCGUGAGCUUGAGUCCGGGCACCAUGCCCACCAGCUUCGGCCGUAGAGCAGGUUUCCUGAUUGGUGUUGUUGCCACGAGGGUUAUAAUGCCAGUGCUGUCUGAAAUGAGCGUGCGGUUCAGUCCCAACGGCAUGCUCCGACCUUCGUGGAAGAGCGCCGCGGACGUCAUCAGGGCUUGCUUUGACAUUGAAGCAUAUAAAGGGGAGGCGUUGCAUUUGGAUGGCACGGCCAGCCUUCAGAUUGCCAAAGACGCGAAAGAUGAGGCCAAGAGAAAAGAGCUGUGGGAAUAUGGACUUGGAGCAGCCAAGAUGGAUGAGGGAGAUACAGCGUUGGUGGAGUGGACAUAG